UUCUCGAGAUGGGAAAAAAGAAUCCCCUCCCUCCAAUAAUUUCUCUCUCUCUUGAUCACAUUCCCUUUGCUUUGCACCCUACCUUUCUGAUUCUCACUCAAAAAAUCCCAAUUCCUUAAAAUGAUUCUGAUUCAGAAAACAAUAGUGAAGACUCCAGCCUUAAGAAUGUUCUCUUAAUUACUGAACCAGUCGGGAUACCAAUAAAUAUACUUAAUUACUGCAUUAUGUGUUUGCCUGGUGAUUUAUGUCUGUGAAUUCACAUCCUGAUCCAUAGUUGUUAUUUAUAAUAUUGUGACAAUUAAUUCAUCCAGUUCUCUCUCUAACUCGUUUCUCGUUUUACGGUCAGGUUCUUCUUCGGGCAAGCCGAAGUUCCGUUUCCGGUGGGCUCUUGAUUCUAUUUAUAGGGAGAUGAUGGGAUAUAUUUAUUGACAUAUUCUAUAAUAUAUUUGAGAGAAUAUUUCUUGGCCAAUACUUCGGAGUGUCGAAAUGGAGCUGCUGUGAAGGAAAGAUUUGGGGUGUCGCAAUCCACUUUAGACUUACAACUCCUUAAAUGAUCACAAGAAAGUCCUUUAGAAAUUUCCCAGCAUCGACAUUGUAAAACCCCAGCAGCCCUUCCCAACAGUAAAAUGGUGCAAGAGAUAGACAGCAAAGUGAUUGAAGUGUUACCCAUUCCAUAUGAGGAUAUUUCUCAGGCAGCUACUGAAGCAUCUGAUAAGUUUGUUUACAAGGACAGUACAGUUGCCUAUGGUCAAGGUGAGAAACCCGUUCUUCCUGACAAUUUGGACAGGCUAGAUCUGUACGUGAGAGAUGUCAGGAAAAUCAUUAUGCAUCUACAGUUCUGGUGUCAGGGUGAACAAUUAAGAAAAAGAAUACAGUUGAGGAAACAGCAAAUGGGAGCAAGUUGUCUUAAGCAGAGUAAUGAAGUAAGGAGACUUUUCAGCCUGAUUCCAUUUAGUCUUGAAGACAGGUAUCAGAUAUUGCCAAAGAUGAUCCCUUGGGAUUUCCCUUCUUGGCUCUCUGAACUAGUUGAGAAGGAGAUCACAAUUUUAUUAUGCAUGAUGGAAGAAAGUGGUGUCUUCACCGAGGUCAUUGAAGAUAAAUUUGAUGAUAAAGAUAUGCAGAACUAUUUCGAGAAGCAUAUUUAUGAAAUAGACAGUAUAGAAGCCAAGAAGAAAGCAAUGUUAAGCAAGAAUUGCUUUGAUCAUGAUUCGAUUCUUCAAACACCCCAGUUCCAUUCUUUCGGAGAAGCAGCAAGAGAACUUCUGAUUCUGAAGGUAAUGACAGAGUGCCAAGAAGUCCUGACAAGGAUAUUGGCAUUGAAUUUUUCCUUGAAAAUGAUGACGAAUUUUCCUCCUGUCAUCCAACCAUGCAAAAAGGCCGAUGCUCAUCAACUGACCUGCAACUUUGUUCCGAGUCAGAGAAACUGGAAGAAAGCCAUUAUCUAUGUUCAGAAACGGUAG